UCACGUGAGCAGGGUGGGGCCGCUCGGCGGCCAAUCGGCGCCCCGGGGGCGGCCGCUCCCUGUCCUGGUCCGGGCGGCACGUGGGGCCGGCACCGGCACCGGCAGAGCCGCGGCGGGACGGGCCCUGCAGCCGCGGCACAGCGCGCACGGCCGGACAUCGAUGGGCACGGCCGGUGCCCCCCCGGGCAGCUCCGGCCCGCCCCGGGCAGGCUCUGCGUUGGGCACCGCUGAUGCUGGCGGGGCCCGGCUGCCCCUGGUAGCCACGGGACACCCCCCCUCCCCGCGGCACUAGGACCCCUCCGGGCCCCGCGCCCGUCCCUGUCACCGCCCCGCGGCAGCUGUGACCGAUGGGGAGGGUUAUAAAUAGGCACAGCGGCGCCGGCGAUGGCUGCGCGCUUCCACCGCGUCCACGGCGCCAACGUCCGCCUAGACAGGACCCGCACACGGGCCACGCGCGUGGAGAGCUUCGCCCACGGGCUCUGCUUCAGCCAGGAGCCGCUGGCGCCCGGGGAGGUGUUCCUGGUGGAGAUCGAGGAGAAGGAGCUGGGCUGGUGUGGGCACCUGCGCGUGGGGCUGACAGCCCUCGACCCGCAGCACCUCGAGGCUGUGCCCGAGUACUCGCUGCCGGACCUGGUCAACAUGGGUGACACGUGGGUGUUCGCCAUCACCCGCAACCACAACCGCGUGGUGGUGGAUGGGGAGGAGGCACGGGGCCCCCCCAGGGAGCCCUUCCUGUGCAUCGAGCGGGUGAGGAUCCCCCGUGAUGUGCUGGUGGGGCGCAGCAGGCCCGGGCGCUACAGCCACAUCCUGGACGAGCUGUACAGGACGAACGUGCUGCCCGCCACGGCCCGGCGCAGCCGCAUCGGUGUGCUGUACACCCCGCAGCCUGACGGCACCGCCGACAUGCACAUCGUCAUCAACGGCGAGGACAUGGGGCCCAGCGCCCGGCACCUGCCCACCACCCGCCCGCUCUACGCCGUGGUUGACGUCUUUGCCUCCACCAAGAGCGUCCGUGUCAUCCCAGUGGAUUAUGGCUUGCCGUCCCUGCAGACCCUGUGCCGGCUGGUCAUCGAGAAGCACAUCGUGCACCGCCUGGCCAUCGAUGGCCUGGACCUGCCCCCGCCGCUGAAGAGCUUCUGCAAACACGAGUGAGGUGUCGAGGGUGCCCCCCGGCUGCCCCCGCAGCGAUAGGACCUGCACCCGCAGCUGCCCUCAGCGCUGGUGAGCACGGCACGAGCCGCCCAGCGGGUGGCACGAGAGCGUGUUGGAGGGACCUUCACCGCACCACAGGGUGGGUGUGCGGGUGGCACCGGGCAGAGCAGCAAUAAAGUGCUUCCAGCCAGCGA